UGGUAAGUGAAUCAUACGAGAAUAAACAAAAUCAUUUAAAAGCAAACAAAGAUUAAAUAGCCCUACUAGUGAGCUACUUAUGUGCAUGGUCAGUAGGGGACAAAUCCAAUAAUGUAUCAGUAUACGGUUUUAAUAUUUGUUGUUUUAUGCUUCUUAAGACUUGGCGAUGGGUUCCAGUUCUAUCAGGGACAGAUCCCCAAUGGUGACAAGGUGCCUCACCCCUGCAAGGAGAAUUAUAUAUGGAAUGGAGUAGGGCACAGGAAUUCUGAGGGUGGAGGGAACAGAAAUCCAUUUGGAGAGGAUUUUGAAGCGAAUGACAAGAAAUGGGACAAUGUUUUAUGCACGAAAGAUUCGGACAACGAUGGUAUGACAAAUGGUCAAGAAUUGGGGGACCCCAGCUGUGUGUGGACCCCUGGGUCACAAGCUAAUAGGACAACUGGACUCACUCACCCAGGCGUUUGCGAGCCAUGGAAUUCUCCACAGUGCAUGGGGCAGAAUCAAUGGGAGUUCUGCGAUGGGACAGAAUUUGAAUGCCUAGCACUAAAUGCGACAGAGGAUGUUCGCACUUUGACGUUGCAGUAUAAUAAUACUAAAGUACCAGCACAAGAGACCAAUUACUUCUGCCAAACGUUUGACAUUCCCACAGAUCAAGAUUAUCACAUGAUCGCCUCUAAGCCAAUCAUAAACAACACAGCGGUGAUGCACCACACCAUUGUUUUUGGGUGCAUCGGAGGCGACGAUGUUGGUUCAAUGUACAGAGAGGCCGUUCCGUGUGGAAUGAGACCAGCAGAUAUGAGAUGUGCUCAAAUCAUUUUCAUUUGGGCACUGGGUUCCCCGGGACAAUGUGAGAAUGAAAAAAUGGGAUUUCGCAUUGGAAAAACUGGUUUCUCAAAGUUAAUUCUACAGCAUCAUUGGAACAAUCCAGAACUACGUAACGAUUACUAUGAUAGCAGUGGAAUGGUUAUCUAUUACACACCAAAUCUACGCCCUAACGAUGGAGGUAUCAUGACAAUUGGCCAAGAGAGGUUGAGCAUUCCUCCCAGAGUUCCUCUGCACACUGCUACAAGUAAAAUGUCCAAGGCGUGUACUUACUCUAUUACAAAAGGAGUUGGGCCACUGACGAUGGUUGGAAGCUUACUUCAUAUGGUCGAUAAAACUGGAGCAGUAUAG